UUUCUUAUAUAGUAAAAAAAAUUGUUUAUAAGGCCAUUGAUAUAGUUGUAAGUGCUGUUUGAUCCGGGUGUAUCAUUUCCUGCCUUCUAUUUUUAGAAAGUGGCAGAAAGCAAAUAAGACAGGGCUACGUCACGGUGGUCAUGUAUAUUUAAGGACUUUGGUGCCCCCCCCUUCUCCCUCUCUCUGUAACAUACUCAUCCUCAUUUUGCAUGGAUAUGGCCACCCAGCCGCUCCAUCCAUCCCAUAUAAUCCACGUGACCCAGCUCUCACACGUCCUUCACUACUUCAUUCAGCAUGAUGGCUGCGGAUGCUGUGUGCUGGAUCCUGCACCCGCGCCGUCUCUCUCUCCUCUUUCUCUCCGUCACCCUCUUCUCUCUGCCGGACCCGACUGCAGCGCUGCUCGGCGUCCGGCCGGAAGACACCCAGAGCGGACAGCUGUCUGUGCAGGGUGGGAUACUGAGGACGACCGAGGGGACCCGCUUCAUUCUGAGGGUUUACUAUUCCGCAUCUCCAGAUACAGAGCAUCCCAACAACCUGAACAUCAGCGGCAUACCUGGCGCCGCUCCUGCCGCUCCGUGGAUCGCAUUUAUAGAAGAACCAGAUGGGGCCAGCGGAGACGCGGAGAGGCAUCCCUGGUCCAGAGGGAACCCGUGCGAAGAAGAGAGCGCCCGGAGCUCUGACAUAGAGCUGUUAGGCUCUUUCAGAUCCUCCUCAAGUUACAACUCAGUUUUGGUGGAGCUGUUGGCCAAAGACCUACGCAGAGGAGAAGUAAUUAAAUACUACUCCAUGUGCGCGUUUGAUGGAGUGAAAUGGGACCAUUUCAGCACCAAAGACUUCUGGUUGGCGGUGGUAGCGAGACCUCAAGAGACAGAUGUUUGGCUCCAAGCAAGUGUUUCUGUGCUGCUGUUGGCGCUGUCUGCGCUCUGCAGCGGUCUGAACAUCAGUAUGCUGGCUCUGGACCCGGUGGAGCUACGGGUCCUGCAGAACAGUGGUACAGAGAAGGAGCAGAAAUACGCACGGAAAAUAGAGUCAGUGCGCAAACAUGGAAACUACAUCCUUUGCACUGUGGUUCUGGGAAACGUGCUUACAAAUACAUGCUUUGUGGUUUGGAUGUGCCAGAUCUUAGGAAUGACUGCUCUCUCAACUGCCUCUUGUACACUGGGGAUAUUCUUCAUCGGUGAGAUUUUACCUCACUCCGUGGCGUCCAGGCACAGCCUCGCCAUCGCCUCAAAGACCCUCUGCGCGACCCGACUGCUGAUGCUAGUGUUUUCCCCCAUUGCCUAUCCAGUCUCCAAGAUUCUGGACAUCAUGCUGCGCCAAGAGAUCAGUAACUUUUACACCAGGGAGAAGUUGGUGGCCAUGCUGCGCGUCACUGACCCCUAUCACGACCUGGUCAAAGAGGAGCUCAAUAUCAUCCAGGGAGCCCUGGAGCUGAGGACCAAGACCGUAGAGGACGUCCUGACCCCGCUGUCAGACUGCUACAUGCUGUCGUCGGAUGCCGUUCUGGACUUCUGCACCAUGUCCGAUGUGAUGCAGAGCGGUUUCACCCGGAUCCCAGUUUACCAGAACGAAAAGUCCAACAUCGUGAACAUCCUGUUUGUGAAAGACUUGGCCUUCGUGGAUCCGGACGAUUGCACUCCUCUGAAAACAAUUACUCAGUUUUACAAACAUCCAGUGCACUGCGUGUUCAAUGACACCAAGUUGGAUGUGAUGCUGGAGGAAUUUAAGAGAGGUAAAUCCCACCUGGCUGUGGUGCAGAGGGUGAACAGCGAGGGGGAGGGAGACCCCUUCUAUGAAGUGAUGGGCAUCGUCACCCUGGAGGACAUCAUAGAGGAGAUCAUUAAAUCUGAGAUUGUGGAUGAGACAGACCUGUAUACUGACAAUCGGACCAAAAGGAGGGUAUCCAAUCAUGAAAGGAAACAGCAGGACUUUUCUAUCUUCAGACCGGCAGAAAAUGAGCUGAAGGUGAAGAUAUCACCCCAGCUGUUGCUUGCAACACACCGCUUCUUAGCUACAGAGGUGGAACCCUUCAAGCUAUGUCACCUGUCAGAGAAGAUCUUGCUGCGUCUCAUCAAACACCCCACUGUUGUGCAGGAACUCAAGUUUAACCCUAAGGACAAACACGCUCCUCAACACUACCUCUUCCAGAGAAACAAACCUGUCGACUACUUUGUCCUUAUCCUGCAGGGGCGGGUGGAGAUAGAGAUAGGGAAGGAGGGUCUCCGCUUUGAAAAUGGAGCAUUUUCCUAUUAUGGAAUUCCAGCUCUCAUCUCACCGCUGCCCACUGGUCCGAGGUACAGUUCCCGGGGCAGUGGUCUGAACCAGUCAGAUUCAAUACUGAGUGGAGGCAGCAUGGGUCAGCUCACUACAGGAGGAGGGGUCUACCUACCAGACUACUCAGUUCGACAGCUCACAGAUCUGCAGAUCAUCAAGAUCACCAGGAACCAUUACCAGAAUGCUCUAACAGCCACCAGGAUGGAUAGCUCCCCCCAGACACCGGACCCAGUGGAUUCUGAUGCUAAAGGGAGACCUCCGGUCCCAGAGGCUCGCUCUCACAGCAUCGCCCUCCCCCUCACAUACACACAGACUCGUCGGGGGUUGGCACGCCUUUUACAUCUUCAUCCCCACAGUGGCCUUUGCAGCACCACCCAGCUCAAUGAAAGAAACCGAAUUGUUCGCAGUAAAUCUGAUGGACAGAGGAGUCCAAAUGAUACUGUGUUCCUCCACAUGGAUGAGAUUCCCUACAUCCACGAGGACCGACCAGGAAAUUACAGGGAGAACGAUGCGCCUACAGAGUCUCGGCCAUCCACCUCUCCUUUCAUCAGCUCUCUGUCUCGGUCCAGCUCUGAGGAGAACAUUGGAAAGAAGCUAUUGCAUAAAAUAAGUAACAAGAGGAGAAAAAAGUCUCAGGAAGGAGAGCAGAGUUUGGAGGAAAGCUCAGUGCAACCACCAGUGACGAGUUAGCACAGUGACACUCCUUCCUCUUUCUCAUUACAGGGCAUCCUCAUUAAACAACCACCCCUUCAAAGACUCCCUCCAUGUUCUGGUAUAGCUCUCACAGGAGACUGAGCCAUGUUAUAUACUGGAGCCACUGACAAUACUCAGGUCCCCAGUGACACACAUCUGCCUGACUUAGCACAUUAAGAAACUCAUAUGGGCAAAUCUAAACAUAGUAUUGGAUAUAUCCCACCUUACACUGGACUGUGUAGACCUCAGCGGAUUUUAAUAAUGUUUUGUUGUUAAUGGGGAAACCAUUGUGUGUGUGUGUGUGUGUGUGUGUGUGUGUGUGUGUUACAUUAUGGCUCUAUUCAUAGUGUUAACAUUUAAUCAUUUCAUUUAAGCCAUAAUAUGUUACUGAAACAGCGGCGUGUUAUUUCAUAACAAACUCUAUGAGAUCUCUGAAUAUGGAGAAACCCAACAAGGUCCUUGAUCAUAUCUGAGCCAGUUUUAACUUUUUACUUGAGCUAAUCAUGAAUAAAAGAGUAUUUUUUAUUUAUGUCAUUACAAGACAGUUCACACAUACUGAAAAUGUUGUUUGCACAGGGAACUGUCCUAAUGAUGCCAUAAGGGUGUCACCUUCUAUAACCACAGCAGUGUUCCAUAUACAUAUGGAAGUCAUAGAAUUACCUAGCACAAUUUGAAUAUACUACAUUUGAAUAUACAUCUUAUACAUACUCAUACACAUAUAGUAAGUGACGUGAAUUCACACAACCGCAUACAAUCAGUAAUCGCAUCUUUCCAAUUUAAAUAUGCUUCACAGUCUGUCCUACCCAUAAAAACAGAUCUUUCUAACUAUAUGGACAUAAUUUCACUGUUUCUAUCAAACACCUUCACAUUCACACCCGUUUACUUGAUGCUACCACAUUUUUAACAAUUCAUCACCCUGUCUUUUGAUUGCAUUCAGUGAUGCAGGAGUCAUCACAUCAACCUCUUAGCUAUUAUAUAAGCCACUUUUCUAUGUACAGGUCAUCAGUCACUAAAGGUGCAUACACCAAUUAAUAAUAAGCUAGGGGUCCUGGGGUCCAAAUGGAUAUUAUACGUAUUCUUGAGAAAGUAGUUGCUCCUUGCAUGUUUGGUUAUGCUGCUUUUACUGUAGAGUUAACCUCUUGUAAAAACCCUGUGUGUCCAUAUGCGUGGCUCGUCAAAGCGUGCAUGAACAGGAUAACACCAGUGAACAGGAUAACACCAGUCUGCAGUAACUUAUCCCCACUAAGGCACAAAUGUGUGACUUGCUAAAAGUCUUACACAAUUGGCUGCAAUUUGAUCAAAAACUGUACUGAGGAACUUUUAAAGCUAAUUUAUUAAUAUUAUUGCACAAAUGAGUUGGAUCCUUAAUAAUAAAGUCAUAUUUUGAUCCUUAAUUAAAAUGUGAGUGGCAUCAGUAGUUGCUGCAGGCACAGGUUGGGCUAUGCUGACCUGCUCUGACACAGUCGGAGAGACUGUGUGACGCACACUGACGUCAAGCCACCACCUCCCACACACACACUCACUGGGGACACACUGAUAUUAUUUGUUCUGCCUAGUAGGGUCCGGAGGCACAAAGGAGACUGUGCUGCUAAGUCGUUUACACUGACCCCUCUGUCAGAACACGCACCAGAAACCAUUUUGACCUGAUAAACGACUGAGCUAGAGUAGUUGUGUGGAUAGAGAAACCGUCAAAAAGCAGAAUACUGGGAUGACGGGCAAAGUUUCAUUUUGUAGUGUCAAAUUCAGAUGAUUAUACAAGUUACCCAAACAUCCUGAGAGCCCAUAUCUUCUAUAUAAGCUACAUUUUUCAGUAAAUAAAUUGACCAAACUGUUGUUCUUGUCUACUUUGU